AUGUCUUCGCGAAGACGAAGAGUUCUCGGGGCGAAACCCUACCGAAAUUAUAGUGAGGACACUUUGAAAGCUGCUAUGGCAGCAGUUGACACUGGCAUGACUUUGAGGGAAGCGGAAGAAAAAUUUAAAAUACCUCGAGCAACUUUAAAUAGAAAACACCGAAGGCUACAAUUAAACAAAGUCGGCCGUCCUAAAGUUUUCAGUGAAGCUCUGGAGGAAGUCUUUGUGCAAUCAAUCGUUAGAGCUGCUGCUUGGGGAUAUCCACUAUCAGGACGAUAUUGGCUGGAAGGUUUUCUACGGCGCCAUAAAAGCACUUUAUCUGUAAGGCUCUCAGAAAAUAUUAAACGCCAAAGAGCUGGAGUUACGCAGGAGACAUUAAAAUCAUACUUCCAAGAAUUAAAAACCACCUUGGAGGAUGUAGAUCCGGCCGCAAUAGUAAAUUUUGACGAGACUAAUAUAUCUGAUGACCCGGGACGCCAGAAAGUGUUGGUACGUCGAGGUAUCAAGCAUGCUCAUAAAAUCAUUGACUCAUCAAAAUCAAGUACCUCCGUAAUGUUUGCUGGGACAGCGUCAGGUGUUCUGCUUCCACCGUACGUCGUUUAUAAAGCGGAACAUUUAUAUAAUACUUGGACGGAAGGAGGACCUCCAAAUACAGUUUACAACCGAUCUCGGAGUGGAUGGUUUGACACUACAAUAUUUGAGGAUUGGUGUUUGAAGGUCAUUAUUCCUUAUGUUGAAUCGUUUAAUGGCAGAGGACCCAUGGUUGUAAUUGGUGACAAUCUGAGCAGUCAUAUUUCAUUAGAUGUGAUACAAAAGUGUACUGACUAUAAUAUUAAAUUUGUUUGUUUACCGGCAAAUAGUACGGGGUUGUGCCAACCCCUCGAUGUAGCAGUGUUUCGACUAUUAAAAAUAAAAUGGAGUGAUUUAGAAGAAUGGAGGGAAGCAGUUUUGAAUACUGCAAACUCAUCAUCCGAUGACAAUAAUGAGUUCGACACAGUGUUUUUUGAUGAUGUUCAUGACAUGUUUCCUGAUGAUGAUGAAAGAUCGGCGUCACCACUUAUAACUAACAUCCCACCUAAUGAGAACCAAGAAAAUGAAGAUCCACUCAAUGUAGACCAAUCGGUCUAUACUGACGAACAAUUUAAAGUUUCUGUACCUAGUGAUGGUGGUGCUGGUUGCUCUAAAGAUAUCGAUACAGAAAUUGUAAAUAAUUCGGAGAUUUCACCAGAUUCUUUUGCUGUUGUCGAAUUACUCUGCAAUGAGAAUACGAAAAAACAAACUGAAAAGAAGUUUAUUGCUCAAAUUACGAACAUGGUUAGCGACGGAAAAGUGACCUGUCGCUUCAUGAAAUGUUUUUCAGCUACAAAGGUAUUACACUUGUUUCCAACAAGAAGUUUAUCACAGGAACAAAAAGAAAAUGCAGUUAAAAUGCUACAACGUCGUUGGAAAAAUUUAAGAGCAUGUUUUUCGAGGGAGCUUCGUUCUCAAAAAGACGUAAAAUCAGGGCAAGCUGCACCUAAACGAAAACGAUACGUGUACUUUAAUAAGUUACUGUUUUUGGUACCUUCUAUGGAGCCAGUGAGAGAAACCUCAAGUAACGUGACAUCGCUUGACAAAGAAGCAAUUAGUGAGAACGAUUCUUCUACACCAGCAAUAACACGACCAACAAAAGAAAAGAAGAAGAACAAAAGUUACGAAGAAUCUUUAUUAGACAUAUUAAGAGAUAAAACCAACCACCAAGACAUCCAGGCCCAGACCAUUAUUUCGCGUUAUCUUUGGUUCCAUUAUUAA